AUGAGUGCAUUCCAAGUUUCAGAUGAGCAAUUGCUGGAUCUUUACCAUUUAAAAACACUGGAUCCUUCAACCUCCUGGCAAGAGGAUUCAUCGCUGUUAGUUGAUUUGAGCAGAUGGAGAGAGACUGAACCAAAUGCUAGCGACUCCUAUGACAUCUUAAGAGAUUUAGUCCUGCAACAGCAGCAUUCCAAUAAACGUGAGACAGCUUUGAUGGAUCCAUCACUGAGCAAUGUGAGCGAUCCUCUUAAUGACCAAAAAAUGCUACCCUUACUCGAUAGGCUAGGAAUUCCUGAACAUGAUAGGCUAAAGUAUCUGAUCAACAGCAAGCGCUUCGACGUCAAGGCAUUCUUGAGAGAUAUUCAUAAGACCGACAGCUUUGAGCAGCUAUCAUCAUCGUUAGAUAAUCUCGACAAGACGCUAGAGAGCCAAUCUGAAGAGCUAAAAGAGCUUGUGCAAACUAAUUUCACGAGAUACGUGAGGAUCAAGAACAGGCUUGAUGAAAUUUACGAACAGUUUUCAGAGAAAUCAAAUACUGGUGCGUUGAAUGACGACGACAAUCAGCUUGAUGUCGAUCGGUUAAGCAGUAAAGUGGAUGAGUCAAUAACAGCCACUACACUUAAACUGAAGCCUAUGUUAAAAACUUCGAAGAGAAUGUCAAGUUAUCAAGCAACCAAGGCCUUCAUCGAGGAGAAUAGCGAAAUUUUUGGAGCACCCAAAGCUCUAAGACAAUGUAUGGAGAAAAACGAUUAUACGGGUUUAAUGCUCGAAUAUUCUAAGGUACGGGAACUCUAUGGAAAGCUCAUACAGGGGUUCAAUUUCGAUGAAGAUUCAAAUGGUAAGCCCAAAGUACCAGUGAUGGCCAAAAAAAUCUGGGAGGCAGUUGAGCAAAUUAUGGACGAAUACAGACAACAAACUUGGAACUUGUUACUUUCUCCCGAGAAAGAGCAAACUCAGCAAACGUUCCUAAGAUUAAUCUCAAAGCUUUUAGACCUCAAAGUCGACGACAACCCAAUAAUAUUAUGGAUCACGACAAAGUUGGAUAGCUUCGAGAAGCAGCUAACCGAUGUCUCGGCUCAGUCGUUGCUAAAAUUGGCACAAGCUCAAAAGUCUAUUAUACAGAAUGGCACAGAUUCUAACGACGACGACUCUGCUGUAGUCAAUGGUGUCGAUUUGACUUACUAUCUUUCCAUCAGUCAAUUUUUACAGGAGACUUCAUCGCGCUCCAGUGUAUCACCGGCCAUUUCAACGUUUCAAGGCCUGACUGAUUCUCCAAUCCUAAUUGAGAGUUGGUUAGUGUACUUGAGGUACGUCAAUUUGCUGGAAGGAAUAUGCUCUAAGUUCAUAGAGUUUUGGGAGCAUGUCCAAAAGUUCUUAGAUGGGACGUACCAGGCGUCCCUGGUCAACGAUAAGAAGAAGGACAAUAUUCUUGUCGGAGACUUGACCGCAAUAGAUAGCCACAGAGAGCUUUUACAACUGGAAGAUGAAGAGAAGGCAGAGAUCAGGCAGCGUGGAGAUCAUUUUGUUAACCUGUUUUUGCAAAAGCUUCUCUCAUUCUUCCAGUCUUCACAGGAGUCGCUUCCUCACAAUGAGAAGAUACAAAAAGAAACUGGACUACCACAGGACUAUGGUUUCAUUCCGCCUCAUUCUAAUGCGCUAAGUUGCUUGAGAUAUCUUCCAAAAAUGGCAGAACCACUUCUGAAGUCAAUUACCGAAUUGGCCCAACUCGGCGUUAGUUCUAAGACAAUCAACAGCUCGAGGUACCUGGCUUCCGUAUUGAUAAAUCGCUGCGUUGGAGCCAUAGCUGCCGCUAAGCUCAGAGACAUAUCCAACCUUUACAAAUUAGAGGAUUGGACCGUUUAUCAAACUGUUCUCGAUAGUCAGCAUAACGAAUACGGAAUAACACACUUUCCGGAGAUCAUCCGCUUAUUUCAAACUUCCUGCAUACGGACUACAAGGGACUUACUUUUUGCCUUCGAGAAACUACCAGUUUUCAAUGGUAUAUCGGUUGUUAGCUAUCCAUCUAAGCAAGAGCUCACAGCAGCCGAGAUUCAACAACUUAUAUCAAUGGAAGCUGUUCUCGAAGCUAUACUGAAAAACGCAGCCAAGGACAAAGACAAUCCAAGGAAUGCUCAUACAAUACUGACACUAACGAAUUUGCAGUACAUUAGAGAGGUUUCAUUUCCAGAGAUUCUGCAAGACUUUGAUGAGGCUUUUGAGUAUAAUCUUAAGAAUAAAAAUCUGGAACUGUUCACCCUCUUAUCUAAGAUGGAAUCCUCGAUUUUUGGUAACUACCUUUCAGACCUGAAAAUUAAUAUAAGAGACAUUUUGGAAGUCAAAUUUAAUGAGAUCAGCUGGGCAAGCUACACUUCCACUUCUUUCAGAGCUAGUGAUUAUAUCAUAGAAGUUUUAAUGCUUCUCGUGACCAUCCACAGCGAGUGCUUUAGAAUGGGUCCGCAAUUGAUAAACAGAAUUCUGAAAGAGAGUCAAGUUUUCAUCUCCAAAUAUCUGUUCGAAGCUUUCAAACCUUACAUCGGAAAUUUGUCAUCCGAUGGUUUGCUUCAAGUUACUGUUGAUUUGCAAUUUUUUCGGAGAGUUCUUGGUUCAUUGCUGGAGAAUGAUACAAAGGUGACAUUAGCUGCAUGUCUACAAAACUGCUUCCAAAACAAUACUGAUAGAAUGGAGAGAUGUAUCAAAGAAACAGAGCCUAUCGUUAGUGCUAACCUGACGAGGACUAGUACACAAUUUGCUGCUUUCAGAUAA